CCUAGGCUAGGCGCGGCACGAAUUGAAAACUGCGCUGCAUUCGGCUGGAUGACUGAAGUAGACAGACUCCACAGAGGCAGACAGAGAGGAAAUCUUUCCCAGAGGGUUGAUGUCAGGGAUCCCACAGAUCUGCACCAAAAAUGAGCUCUCAGUAUGACACUUCACUAACAACAUUUGCAUCAAACUUGUUUGACAGUCAACCUGCGCAUCUUCAGAAUCUGUUACAAGGCUUACAAGCAAUAACUACACUGACCGACCAGAAUACAAAGGCAGCAUCAGACACGAAGCCAAAGAUGGCUCAAGGGCAGUAUAGCGCAACCGCUUCUACACUAAGUACCUUAGCAGGAUAUAGCACCAGUGGGACUGUGGACAGUAUGUAUGGUAGUAAGUCUUAUGGAAGCGGUGCAUAUGAUAGUGAGAUGUAUGGUCAAUUUGAUUCAUCCUUUGAGACAGGAGGAGGUGGAUAUUAUGGGGGUCAAGAGUAUAGUGAAAGCAGCAACGAAGGCGGAUGGAAGUCAUCAGGUCAGAACUACAAUGAUGGGUCCAGUUAUCAAGAGGGGUAUGGCGAGACGGGUGGCCAAGGUUAUGAUAGCAGCUUUCAGGGAGGUUAUGGGACAAUGGGCAAGGGUUUCAAUAGUCCGGAAAGAGGUCGAGGAGCAAGCAGUCAAGGAGGAAGCAGUCGAGGAGGAAGCAGUCGAGGAAGGGGUCGUGGGCGGGGUGGAAAUGAGUCCAGCGGGAGGGGAGCAGCAAAGCGAAGAAUGCCCCAGGGAAGCUAUGGAGGUGCUGAAGAGUAUGGAGAUACAGGUUAUAACGGGAACACAUGGGGAAGAGGUCGAGGGCAUGGAACAGGGGGCCAAGGAUCAGAUAGUUCCAACCGAGGAAGAGGUCGAGGUUCGAAGGGAUUCGGUCGUGGUGAUAAUUCCCGUGGAAGGGGCUCGGCAAAGAGGGGAAUGCCUUUUGGAGGUGGAGGUCAAUUUUCUAAUUCCAGUGCACGCGGAAGAGGAAGAGGUUCUGAAGGCAGCGCAUGGGGAAGAGGUCGUGGAACAGAGGGAAGAGGAAGAGGGUCAGCAAAGAGGGGAAUGCCUCAAGGAGCCGGUGGGUCUGGACCUGCAGCAAAGAAAGCAAAAUGGCAAAACGAUCAGCAGGGGACAGCAGGGAUUAAUGAACAAAGAUGGGGUGCAGAGCAAGGAUGGUCUCGAGAACGGGUAUGGAGAGGAAACAACAAAGAACAACGUGGACGUGGCAGGGGUUCUAGAGGCCGUCCAGGAGCAGGAGGACCUCCUCAGAAAUUCAAACUUGGCGAAAAUGCUGUAGAAUAUGGAUUUGAUGGGAAACUUGCUGGACCAGAAAGGUUCGCUAAGACCCGUGGACAAUUCAAAGUCUGUGAAAUCUGUAAUAUAACAAUCAACUCCGUUGGAUGUGCCAAUGACCACUAUAAAGGCAAGCCUCACUUGAAGAAACUUGAAGCUCAUAUGAAAAAAGAAGAAUUAAAGAAAACUGUUGAUUUGAGCACUGGGAAGUGCGAGGUAUGUGAUGUUGUAUACACCUCCCCUCAACAAAUUACAUCACAUCUGGCAGGAGGCAGGCACAAAAGGAAUGUUGAAGAAGCCAAAGCUAAAGCUGAGGGAAGAUCGAUUCCAACAGGUGAUGAGAAGAAAGGAGAAGCUGCUGCAGCAGCAUCAUCUGGUGAAAACCAAGAGGUACCUCAUGAAAAGAAACAAGAGGUGGACACAGAGAAUAAGACGGAUGCUCCCGAUGUAGGAGAAAAGGCUUCAUCAAACGAACGUCCUGAACAUGAAAAUGUGAAACCCCCCAGAAAGAAGAGGAAACCCGCCAAUCCAGACAAGGUACCAGGAGAAGUUAGAUACUUCCAUUGUGACCUGUGCAACAUCAACACCACAUCUCCUGAGCUUCUUGAGGCCCAUUUCCUUGGCAAAAAACACAAGUUAACAGUGCAAAAUAUUGAGAGAACAAACAAAUCGUGCACCACGAAGGCGGACAGCAUGUUUAUGUGUCAGCUAUGUAACAUCAGAGCUACAGACACCUAUACGCUGAAUCUGCAUUUGGUUGGCAAAAAACACAUGAAAAAGAUGGAGCAAAGCAAACCUCGGAAACCACGGCCAAUGAUGAAGUCAAAACCAACAUCACAGAAUCAAACUGAUAAGACACCUUUGAAUCCAGAAAAUGAAGAGCUCUUUGAAACAGAAACAGCGAUGGACACACCCAGGUUCGAGAUCUGUGACUAAACAAGAUGCUGAUAUAAAUUCAUCCAUACAGCAAAGCCUACAAGAAAGUACAGCCGAUAUGCCACCUCUCCAAUUCUAAAUGGUUGAAGAAACCAGCUAGAUCGGAUUUAUCUUAAUGUACUGAGAUAUGGAAGCUUUAAAGUGACAUCAUCUUGAUGAGAUGGUAAGAUAUCUUAUCUUGCCAUGUCGAUAUAAUGAGGCUACUUAUCUUACUAUCUCAUCAAGUCAUUGGCUUUUUAAAGCUUCCGUAUUGAUUCUAUUCAAUGUAUAGUUUUGUAUGAUAUUUUGGGAUAUUUGUAAGUGCGAUUUUUAUGAUGAACAUGUUAAGACAGUGCUGCUUUAAAAUAAUUUCUAAGCAGGCUGAUGAUAAAAAGAAGCCUAAAUUCAGAAAAGUGAUAUUAUAGAUUGCACAGAAUUGUAAAUAUCACAAGAGCCAAUUCCAAGCAUGUUGUUUGCCAGUAAGGAAAAAAAUAAACCUACAGUUUUUCAGGAUCUCAAUCAUUGGCUUUGCUUAGCCGUAUUUUAUUCAGGUCGCUUGAGAUGAGUAAUAGUAUUUUCAGAUGGAAAUGAUUUCAUCCUCCUUCAUCUACCUGAAGACACGUAAAGAAUAUAUUACAUGCAUUACUGAACUGUUGACUCAUUUGUUUUGUGAAUGUGGAAAUGUUUUUGUGUAAGUCUAUUAUGUGAGUUGGUAUCUUAAAUAAGUACUCGGUUAGAUGUAGAUCAGUUAUCCUUUGCUUUUAUUUCACUCUCUGGUGACAAGAAUCAUAAAAACCACACCUGAAUACAUGUGGGAAAGAUUUGAUCCAGCUGAUUCUGGCAUCAUGAAGCUUGCAAAUGAAAACAUCUUACUUUAUGGCUAGGCUUCAACCUAUAAACUCUCUCUCACUGUGCUUCUUAAAAAACCUCAUCUGAUUUGUUUGCUUUCCAAACCAGUUCAUUUGAUCUAGUCUCGUUAUUAGAUUUUUAAAAUGCCAUGGUACCUUUGAAUAGAGUGAAACCUGGGCCCUGUUGUACAAAGAGUUACGAUUGAUAAAAAGGACAUUGUGCAAAUUUUUC